UUGAAUAGAAAAUAGUCACUUUACACAAAAACGGAACAUCCCUUGUUUGCGCCUACUCUUGCAAGUCGCCGCAGCAGCGGCAGCUCCAGAACAAAUCUUCGGCCUCUCUGUGUAUCAAUGGCGAAGGGCGACGAUGCGUUGGCGAGAAAAAGGAACAAAGCCUCUCGGAAGAAGCUCCGGAGUAAGAACGGAGACUCCUCGUCUGUUUCUGCGCGCGUUGCCGCCAUAAUCGCCGCCAAGAAGCGGCGUAAGUCCGGCAAACGCAGAAACUGCCAGGGAAUGUGCUUUAGCCUUCCUACUCUUGAUGAUCCCUACAAUGAUAGGAAUGGGAACAAGGACUUGGAUAAGAAGGAAACUAAGGUCACGCCUUCAAAAGGCUCCAAGAGGGAAUUUCCAAAGGAUAAGAGUUCUUCAGCACCUAAUAGAACCCGUGGAGACGCUUGCCGUGAGAAAGUUAGGAGUUCAAAAGAAGGGUCUGGAGAUGCCACCAGUGGCCACAUAGCCAAAAGAAGCAAGACUUGUCCUGAAAGAACAAAAGUUAAUGCGAAUGGGGAAGGCGGUGUACAAGACUUUCAAGAAGAAGGCUUUGACAGUUCUAUCUCUCCCUCAAAGUUUCUUAUACUUUGCUUAAAUGCAAUAGAGAAGGCUCUAUAUCAUGAUUCUUUCAAAGGGAUCAACAAGCCUUUGUCGGCUGAUGCCUGGGGCAUUGAGUUCUGGAAAUGUUAUUCUUCUGGGAAGGAUAUUCUGGACACCAGUGGGUUGUCUUCUACAGAUGAGAAAAUUGCAUGGGUGGUUUCUUCGGCUGCUGACAGUAUUGCUAGAAAAGAGAAAGAAGGUUUAUCAUUUAGUAGCCCAUAUCUUUUAUUUCUUGUUCCUACCCAAGAGAAAGCUACUCAUGUUCGCUCCAUGUGCAAGCCGUUGAAGGCUCUUGGAGUACAUACAGUGAGCAUACAUUCUGGGGCAUCCCUAGACCACCAAAUUCAAGGUUUGAAGAGCUGUGAACCUGAAUUUCUCGUGUCCACACCUGAGAGACUCUUAGAGCUCGUUGCCAUGCAGGCUAUUGAUAUAGCUGGUGUUUCAUUGCUGGUCGUCGAUGGACUGGAUUCUUUUUCAAAAGGUGGUUAUCUUGAAAUGAUACAAUCCAUCAGGAAGUCUAUAUCAAGCAAUCUGCAUACUAUUGUUUUCAGUGAUAGCUUCAGCUGUGCCUAUGUCCCAGUUGUACAAGAUCUCCUCAGUGGCCCAAUUCAAAGACUGUCUCUUAAUGCUUCUGUGGCCAGUCGAAGUGCCUGCAUUAUUCAGUCGAUAAACUUCUGUACUUCUGAAGAGGGAAAACUAUCAAAGGUCAUCCAAGCUUUGGAUAGAGCCAAUGGCAGUCAGCUCUGCCCACAGCCGUUGAAGAUGCUCUUUAUUCUUGGGAAGGAGUGUAAUGUUCAGGAAUUAGCUGCUGCUCUUAAAUCCAAAGGCCAUGAUAUCGUAGCUGGAGCAUUACGUGGUGUCCCAGAAAUUAAGAACAAUUCGGAAGUAGACAGCAGAUGGAGGCCCGUAGUAGCCAAGAUUGAUAUGGAGCAAAUUAAUACCAUAGAUCUGGGAAAUUAUGAUAGCAUAUUCAUACUCUAUGCCUUUCCAUCAAUAGACAAAUAUGUUCAGAUUCUAACAGGAAUGGCUCGUCACACGGUCAAUGGUGUGUUGCACACCUUCAUUACCAAGGAAGAAGCAUCAUUUGCUGGUUCCUUGGUUGAAAUCCUUGAAGAAUGUGGGCAGGCUGUCCCUGAAACUGUAAGAAACUUAUCCCUUACACAAGCCACAUCUCAAUCUUGAUCAUCAAUUGCCUCUCUAAUUGCCAUCAUCAUGUCUGUAUAAUCAAAAUUUUGACCAUUGAAAUCUUUUUUUUUCUCAAUCAUGUACCGGUUACUUUCUACGUUUUCAUCGAAGAAUUCUACCGUUUGCCUA